CCAUUUGUCCACAUGUAAAACUUGUUCUUUAAAUGUUUUUCACACUUAGGAGGUGAAUAUAAGUGUUUACAUAAGUUCACACCUCAACACUCAUGCUUCCGUUUUGCUUCUUAGUUUUAACUAGAACUGCAGAGGGGAUCCACUUUAUACAGAUCAACACAAAAACAACCUUCAGCUUUACCAGAGUUAAAAUGUUGAAUUAUAAAGUACAAGAGUUGACUGAGGUUAUUUAUGAAAGUGUGAGCAGGACUGAGUUUCAGAGAAUGAAGAAGGACAGAAUGAAGUUGAUGCUGGAGAUCUGUGAUGAUGUGAGAGAUCAAGACUUCAGGACAACCAGACACCAACCACUGCAGUGUACAGAUUCUGUGAGAGAUCACGACUUCAGGACAGAAACAAACACACAUCAACAACUUCAGCGUACAGUUAUAGUGUGUUUGGUGCUGCUGUGUGUUCUUCUACUGACUGCAGUCAUAGUGCUGUGUGUCCUGAUCAAUACAAAUCACCACUUUAACAUCAAGACCAAAAACAUCACAGAAGAGAGAGACCAGCUAUUAACUAAGAAUCACAACCUCACAGAAGAGAGACAUGAAUUAAUAGACAAGUAUAAUAAUAUUACUAAACUAAAUGAGCACUUGAAUCAAGAGAAAUAUAAACUGUGGACACAACUUAAUGCUGGAUGGAUUAACUAUCAGUCCAGUUUGUACUUCAUUUCAUCUGAGAAGAAGAGCUGGAGUGAGAGCAGAAGAUACUGUAGAGAGAGAGGAGCAGAUCUGAUCAUCAUUAACAACAAAGAGGAACAAGAUUUUAUUCAGAAGAAUUCUGGUAAUGAUGGACUCUGGAUUGGUCUGACUGACAGUGCUGUAGAGGGCAGAUGGAAAUGGGUUGAUGGCAGCACACCAAACACUAGAUUCUGGAGGUCUGGAGAACCAAAUGGAUAUGGAAGAGAGAACUGUGUUGUGUCUUCUUCAUCAGGGUGGGCUGAUUUUCCCUGUACUGAUGCUUUUAAAUGGAUUUGUGAGAGAGCACAGUAGCAACUUUCUUUAGACAUUUGUUUUAAUGUAGUUCUAAACAUAGGUUUAGGAGGAGCCCAAACAUUCAGGCCUGUCAAUUAUCAUUAUGAGCGUAUAUAAGGAAGCCUUCAGGCCUCUGCGUCCAGCUGCAAUUCUUCCGGCAUCUCUCCUCCUCUUCCCCAUCUCCUGCUUCACUGCUCUCUUUCCUCCUCUGUUCAGAUCUGUUGCAUGAGGGGUUAAACCUUGGGCUCAAGCUCCAGCCUUAGGUUCAGAGCUCCUUCAAGGACAGCAGGUUAAUGUGCAGGCGAACUAGUGAAGCAACAAUUUGUGAAAAACACACGAUAUGGAUUCACCAUGUUCCACCUUUGCUCCAACACCACGUUCACUGUCACCUAAGUUUGAAUUACUGGCACCUGCCCCUCAUCAGCUCAUCUCAUCUCCACAGUAUACACAGACACACCUCAGAUGCACUCACUGUCUAACAGUAUCUCACUUUGGGUUAUGGACUCUGUGCCUGUUGGAUUAUACUUGCCUUAGUAUCUCCCUGAAAGUACUCGUCUAUUAUGUCCGUGCUCCAUCUUGGUUACUCCUGUAAAUGGUUACCUCCAUACUUGCCAAGUGAUCUCCUGUCAGCUGCAAUUGGGGUGUGUAGUCCUGUCCAUGUCCAUUACCAUUGUGUCACUGUCUGCAAAGA